AUGGCACCAAAGCAAAAGAUCAUCAUCGACUCCGACCCAGGUGUCGACGAUAUCCUGGCCAUGCUCUUGGCAUUCUCCGGUACACCCGAGGAAAUUGAAGUCCUUCUGAUCUCCUUGACCUUUGGCAACAUUGAUGUGCAGAACUGUCUUAGGAAUGCAGUGUCGCUGUUCCACCACAUUGAAAGAGAGAUUGAGUGGAGAAGCAAGAAUGGCAAAGAUCUAGGCUUUGAGACAUUGAGAGCUUCGAAGCCUCUUGUUGCUGUUGGAGCUGAAGAGCCUUUGGCAGAGCAGCGUAUGAUGGCUGACUUCUUCCAUGGUACCGAUGGCCUUGGUGGCAUUCAUUCCAGUCACCCGCAUCUCACACCUCAAGAGACUUGGAAGAUGCUCUUCGAUGCGGCUGAAGGAGCGCCUCUCUCACCAGAGGGGACCGUCACCUCUCAGCAGGUCCGUGAGGCUUCCAUGUUCAAACCCUCUCAGCGACGCUCCCAUGAAGAGAUCCUGCGUCUGCUGAAGGAGAAUGAGCCAGACACUAUCACCAUUGUUGCGAUCGGACCUCUGACCAACCUGGCCAUCGCUGCAGCUCAGGAUCCUGAGACGUUCUUGCGCGUGAAGGAAGUGGUCGUCAUGGGAAACACCAUCGAAAUGGCAGGAAAUGUGACCCCGGUGGCCGAGUUCAACACAUAUGCCGAUAGCAUUGCCACAGCCCGUGUGUAUGCACUUACUUCGCCUACUCCAAACUCGACCAUCCCUCCUUCGCCUCCUGCACUGCCUGGUUCGCAGUCACUGCCUCACUUGGCACUGUACCCAGCAAAACUGUCGAGACAGCUCAAGCUCACCGUGUUUCCUCUUGACAUUACAACCCCUCAUAAGAUCACCAGGGGCCAGGUCAAACAGACGAUCCAGCCCUUGAUUGAGGCUGGUUCACCCUUGGCAGAGUGGACCGCAGCAUUCCUGAACUCGACGUUCGAUAAAGUUGAAUCGUUGAUGGAAGGCAUUAGUGGUGAUUCUGUUGGACUUGAAUUGCACGACCCUCUGUGUAUCUGGUACGCGCUCACUCAUGAUGAUGCAGAAUGGAAGAUCAAGAAAGACGAGGAUAUUAGAAUCGAGACCACGGGGCAAUGGACACGAGGCAUGACGGUUGUUGAUAGACGUGGCAGAAAGAAGCGAGCCCCGGAUGACGGCGAGGGUGAGAUCCCAGGCGAUGCAGGCAACUGGCUCAGCCCCAAUGCGGGCAACCGAGUCGGAAGAUGCGUACAGUCGCCCGGUUUCGACAUCUUUGCUCCGUACUUGCUUCGUAGGGUGUUUGGCGCAUGA